AUGAAUUCAAGAUCAGAGUUGUCUCAUCCAAUGUGCCAAGAAUAUACUGAGAUGUUGUUGGAUAGUUUGGGUAAACAGUUAACAGACACUUCAAAAGAACAUGAUUGCUAUAAAGAUUUUUUAAAGAAAAUUAAAAAUAAAGAAUUGGCAGCAACUGAUAUGUUGAAAGAUAUUGAACAUGAGAGAGAAGUAUUGAAAAAAGAAUUAGAAAAAUUAGAGGCAGAAACAAGUCAACUUGAUGAGCUCGAAGAAAAGUAA